AUGGCAACUACAACUACCACCGUCCUCGAACCACCAGAAUUUGAUUCAUCACUUCGUGCUUCUGCGAGCAGAUCGUAUAGCUACGCAGAGGCUUUUAUUCCAGCCCUCACCACACAAUGCCAUGCUUCAAACCUUCUUCUCCUCCCCAGCGGCGAUCUCCUCUGUGCCUGGUUCGGCGGAAGCAUUGAAGGCAGGCCCGAUAUCUGCAUUUACCUGUCGCGUCUCCCAGCUGGGCAGAAGGUCUGGACGGAAGCAAAAAAGAUGACGCAUGACCACACCCGAAGCGAACAAAACCCUCUCCUCUUUCGCAAUCCCUCGAACGGAGAAGUCCGCCUUCUGUACACUUCGCAAGAUGCCGGAAAUCAAGACUCCGCCAUUGUCAAACAGCUCAUUGCAGAUAAAAAUGGCGUCAACUGGUCUGAUCCGACUGUUCUUUUCAGCGAUCCAGGUACCUUCAUUCGCCAGCCCAUUGUCGUCCUACCAAAUCGUGCUUGGGUCGUACCUAUCUUCAAAUGCCGUGCCGAGCCUGGUACGCGAUGGCUAGGAAGCGAUGAUAUUUCAUGCAUCCGUAUAUCCAAAGACGAAGGCAAAACCUGGAGCGAGAGGGAGAUUCCGAAUAGCUACGGGUGUGUGCACAUGAACAUUCAACGACUGAAAGAUGGGACAUACCUUGGACUUUACCGAAGCCGAUGGGCUGACCGCGUCUAUUUGUCAACUUCCCCUGACGGUUUGGACUGGACUGAACCCAAGACGACUGUUUUGCCGAAUCCGAAUGCGGGUAUCUGCUUUGACGUUCUACCAUCUGGGCGGGUGGUUUUAGUGUACAAUCAUUCUUCGAAAAAAGAUGCUCUUGGUCGCCGGGAUGGUCUGUAUGAUGAUAUCAGUGAUGGUAGCGAUACAAGGGCCAACCAAGCCACCAAGCAUGAGAAAGAAGCCUUCUGGGGUGCGCCUAGGGCUCCAUUAUGUGUUGCUUGGAGUGAUGAUGGAGGUCUCACUUGGGAUCGGAAGACUUUGGAGGAUGGGGAUGGAUAUUGCCUAACAAAUAAUAGCGAGAAGAAGCUCAAUAGGGAACUUUCCUACCCUAGCAUUCUGGUGGAGGAUAAUGGUACCAUCCACGUCGCAUUCACUUUUUGGAGACAGAGAAUCAAGUACAUGCAGUUAAAAGAGGACUUCUUUGAACAUUAA